GCGGCGGAUUCGACCUCAUUUCACGUUCUCCUUUUGCUCAAGCAAGUCGAAAUGGCGUCUGGUAUUUCUGUUCAGCAAGAUUGUGUCGAUUGUUAUUCGGAACAGAAAAAGGGUCACGAGUACCGAAUUGUGACUUACAUGAUAAAUCCAGAAAAAACAGGCAUUGUUGUUUGUCAGAAAUAUCCAAAACAAAUGGAAACGGAAGAAUGUCUGAAGAAGACGAGGUCGUCACAGAAAGCGGGUUGCGACACGGCUGAAAUGAGAGCACAGUUCGAAGCUUAUCAAAAAAAGGAAUGGGAAUCUUUAGUAUCUGAUGAGGCGAAUUUCCCACCAAAAGACUCUAGGUGGAUUACAGCAGACCUGUCGUAUGUUGGGAAAGGAAACACAUACAAUGACAAGGUUGUGCUCAUUGCAUGGUGUCCUGAUGAUGCUAGUAUCGGUAGAAAGAUGAUUGCGGCAAGUAGCAUAGAUGCUUUCAAGAAAAAGUUGAGCAUCUCAGCAGCACAUAUACAAGCAAAUGACUAUGAUGAUAUAAAAUACGAGAACGUCAUAGCGUUCCUGGAAGCCCAUUAAGCUACAUCUUGUGAAAUAAACUUUUCAGUGCCGACUUUGAAAUAACUAACCUACAAGUUUGAUAAUGAAGAAUGAAAAAUUGUGUACAGCUUAAAGAACAAAAAUCUUCAAAUGUUGAAUUUUGUAAAAUUCUCUACUGACUAAAAUUAAAAAAACAACACAUCUUGUAUUAACUAUGGUUUGUGUUGGAUUUGGUGUCGUUUAUCACCGUGUUCUUCACAAGAAUGUAAUUUGGGCCGUUUUAUGGUUCAUUAUUGAUGAUCCAUGUAAAUUACAGAUUAUAAAAAGUUUAAAAAACAUACUGUACAUUGUAAUGCUUGUAUAUGUUUCAUAUUACACCUUGAAUAACUUAUGUAUGCACCCAAACAUGGAAUAGUUAGGUGUUUUUUUAGUUUAUUAUUAUUUAAAAAAAAAAUUAAAUCCUAUAUUUUAAAACCUAAGUCUAGUUACCUUCAUUUACAUUAAAAAAAACUAUAGCUGAUUUUGCAUUACAGUACUUAAGCAUAUAGUAAUUACUAUUGGUGUGAACAUAAUUGCUUUCUAGUGUAACUCACAUAUACAUCACUGACAGUUAUUAGUAAACAAACUUGAUUCUAGACUGUUAUCCACUGGACUAUAUUCAGUUUCUUCCCAUCGAUAUAAAUCGUCAUUUGUUUGACAUUAAAGUUAUUAAUGCUCA